UACUACAUGUACUUCCGCGAAAGUACUAGUGUGAAAUAAUACACUCUUGCUUCACAUAUUUGUAGUCAAGGUUUUAUCAAUUACUCCACAAUGGCCUCCUCAGGAAAUACAAACACUCCUAAGUGUUUGAUGUGCAAGUCCCCAGUUGAAAACAUGGAUAACAGCUGGAGGAGGUACAGCUUGAGGCUCUCAGGCCCUUCCCUUGAACAGUUUGAAGGGCAGGAUGGAUUCCUUUGUUCUUCAUGUAAAUCAAAGCAUCUGCAACAAACUGCCAGUCAAACACAAAUUGGUCAAGCAAAAAAGAGACCUAGCUUCUCUUUCUACUCAAGACAAAAAGCUCGUAAAAAGCCUAAGUAUAGUGUGCCACAUGUGUCGUCAUCACAUUCUAAAGUGAACACCCUUCAGAAUAGAUUCUCUAACAAUUAUCAAUUGGCACAGUAUGUUGCAAAGGCAAUCAAUCAAAGUAAAUACUUUCUAGCUAUCAGGGCCAUUCUUAAACAUAGCAAAAGUUCGAGGGAAGCAUUCUGUAGGGUUGCCAGCCAUGCUGUCCGACUAGAAACCAGCAGUUGUGCAAAAAAACCGCGUGCACUUAAAAUACUCCAAUGGUCUCUGAACGCUGGAAAUAUUGCAACCUUCAAAUGGGACAAAGUUGUUGAGGAGGCUACUUCGCACAUGCCGAUUCUUGUAAGUGUUCUUCAAGGUGCUCUUUAUCGUCACCAGGCAAAGAUACCAACCUUUUGCAUGCUUGACCAGCGCCUGGGCUUUAUUUUGUCGUUGAUUUUGUAUUCACAUCAGCAGAAAUACAAUUUCAUUCAAAGCUGUGUGUCUUUGAAGCUGAAGAGACACGGAUGUACCAAUAAUCUUCUUGAAAGUUUGCAUGCUCUUGGUGUAUGCUUAAAUCGAAAAGCAACACCCUUGCCAAAAGAUAUGGUAGGGACAGACUACACCAAAAGACAAAAACAGUGGCAGCUCACUCUGAGUCAGCAGCUCAAGUCAAGUUCAACAGUUGUCGCAGAUAGUGAGACCCAAGGAACAUCCCCUUCUAAUGAAGAGCAAGCAGCUCUUUUGAAUGAAACACAUUCACCUGUAGAUGACCUGGAUGAUGAUAAUGCGGCUUCGGAUAUGAGUGUAUCUGCUGACGACAACUCUGAUAAUGAUUCUGUGUCCGUUCCUGUUGCAGCAUCUGCUUUAGCUGCAGCAAACGUAGAUGAUUUGGCAAGUACAUCGAGCAAACAUGAUUCAAGCAUUAAGGACACAUCACAGGAAAGAAAAGAUCAGGCACCUAAAGUAAACCUCAUGCCUCUCACACUGCAUAUUUCACAAAGAAUUGAAAACCUUGACCCAGGGUAUAUCAUAGUGUGCGACAGUGUGUUGGUGGAGCUAGCUAGUCCUCGCAGUGGAUACAAAUUACAGUCUUCAACCUUUGCUGCAAGGAAUAGAGUUGCAUUUGACCAAUCGUUGGAUUACACAGUGAAACGUGCAGAAGAAAUUCCACUUUCAUGUUUUCUUCCAACUUCUGAUGACUGGGAAGGAUUGAAGCAGAGAAUGUGCUUAAUUUUGGAGCGCAUUUUGAAAGAUCAUUUGCCAUUUUUGAAAGGAGUGGAAUGUUCUGUUCCAGAGCAACACCAGCACAGUGAUGCCUUGAGUGAAAGAAGUGAAAUUGCAAGCUUAGGUGUGAUAGAUAGAAACCCCUACAGCACACCAGGCUCAGUCCGUAUAGGUGAGUCACUUCAUCAGUUUGUUCCAUCGUACGGUGAUGAGUCUUUGUACCCAAUUGUAUGCUUUGGGGAUGGACUCUCUGUGAUGAAAAUGUUUGAUGCUAAAUGUGCAAAAGCUAAUGGGGUUUCAGCAGCAGAUAGGUUGGAGGGACUAGUGCAGUGCCCGCAAGACUUUCAUCGAAGAGGAGUUUUACUCGAAGCCACGAUGGAUAGAUUGUUCAAAGAGGAAAGUGCUAAAGAGACGGGUACACUUUUCCAGAUUAAAGAAGUCUUUAGUCCUCAUUCUGCAAAGAAGUUAGCUGAAAACUUCAGUGAUGUCGAAAAUCUUCUGAAUUUCUGUACACAUGCGCUCGUCACCAUGCUAGCACUCAAGCUUGGCAAGUUAGAUGGAACCACCAAAGCUCCUGCAGAUUUUCCAAGUUCAGGAAGAGCCUUCCAGAAAAAGAAAUGGCUCACUGAAUUCACCGAUGAAAUGGUAGAUUUCUUAUGGCCAACACUUCCAAGUGAUUGCAGCCUACACAAAGUAUGUAAGCAAAAGAAGACACAGGUUUGUCUUGACAAGAAAGAUUUUGGUGAUAUCCUUGAUGAUAUGGUAAAAGACACCAAUGGCUGCAAAUGUGGUGAGUCUAGUGGUGAAGGCAUGAUCCGAUGUUUCAACGGAAAAUGUGGUGCAUGGUUUCACUACUCUUGUGCCAAUGUUGAUGGUCCCGUGGAAGGUGAUUGGUGGUGUUCAGCAGAGUGCCAGGCUUCCAAGUCCUACAUAUAUUGUACAUGCCAUAGAAGGACAGGGAAGGAAGACAAUAUGAUCCAGUGUGAGUUGCAAAGUCAUUGUACUUCCGAUGAGUGGUACCAUCCUGAGUGCAUAGGAGGGACUAAAGAUGUACCAGAUAAGUGGUAUUGUUCUCUUGCAUGUAAACGACUUGGCUUAAACAAAUCCAAAAGUGACGGGGUCCAGGAAUAUUCCAAAGCCUUGUUAUAUGAGGGUCUUUGCCAUCUAGCCUUCCGUGAUGCAGUACGUGAGGGUGAUGGACCAGCCAUCCUCAGCCACUGGAGGAUCAACACCCUGCAGUUUUGGAAUAACAAACAUCUCAAAUAUUUCAUCUUGGCUCAUAACAUGCUAGCAGGUGUCAGUGGGUUCUAUCCAGCCCGAGUUGCACAUGACAUGACCUGGAACAGAGUGGCAAAUUUAACUGGUCAGGCAGAUGGCAAUAUUGGUCUGGAUCUGGUAAAGGAAAUCCCAACCCGUGAGUAUUGGGAAAUGGUGUCCAGAACACAAGAUGUGCAUUCAGACAAAGAGGGGGAACAGCAGGGCAAACUGAGUGAUGAAUUUGUACGUGAUUUGGAAGGCAUCUUCUUGCAAUCUCGGACACCUGAAUCAACACAAGCUGCUCAGGAGCAACUCAAAUUUGAUCACGAUGUCAAGUAUUUCGCUUCUGCGUACAUGCACGAUGGCCUCUUUGAUAUUGUUCCGGGUAGACAUCACAAGUCCUUCCCUUUUUUCAAGCACACUGUAAACGUGGAUUGCCCUGAAUUAAUGGGGAAAAAACUCUUGCGACUCAGUCAGUGUAUGGACAGUUGGAGGAGUGUUGUGAAUUCUUGAACGUGCAAUUGUCAAAUCAAUUCAGUCACCAUUGUUAGAGGAAACUGAACAGAUAAAUGUUGGUCUUUCGCAGAGACUUGAGUGUGAGCCAUUUAUUAUUUUAUGUCAGUUGUUUGGUCGUUUGAAUGAAAGUACGUGUACCAGUACAUCUCUGAUUUGACUGAAAGUAGGAAAAACAUGUUGUGACAGGUAUUUGACUAGUCCAUCGGUCACACUUGUUGAUUGUAUUCCAUCAUAUGAAUAAAGUUUCUAUCCCAGAUGGUAAUGUACAUACAUGUAUAACUUUAAGUUUGCUAAUUUGAUCAAUGAUUACCAAUCCCAACAUUGGUCAGUGUAUAAGUUUGAUAGAAGACAUACAUUUGUGUAAACCCUCUUCAAGGACAGAUACCAGCGAUACCGGUAUUGGCUUCCUUGAUAAAAUAUGUAUACCAUUAUUUUAAGGAUUGUGUGUGUUGCUGUGAACUCAACUAUUUGCAUGUCAUGUCUCUGCAAGAAGCAGUUACAUAGCGAACUCACCAAGUAAAUGACAAUAAUGAGUUGGUUUUGAAAGGAUGCCAGGAGGAAAACAGCAAAUAUGAGCAGCAGUUGUGAUAUUCUUAAAUAUUUUGCAUGAUACAUGUCUUAAAACACAAUGCAAGCCAUGUACAGGGAACAAUAUGGAAAGAUCUCAAUUUUUGGUGUCUUCUCUUCACAGUUGUUCUUUCCACUGAUGGUGACAAGUCGAGAGUGUGCAGGAGAAUCUACAAGUUGAGCUGUGACUGGUCGCACCAGCUCCAUCAGUCUCAAAUGAUGUAGCUGUCAGUUACAGCCAGAAUACUACCUGAUUAUUUAAGGGAACUGCCUUUUAAGUGUACCGCAGACCAUUCAGUUGCAAAAUGAGUCAGAAAGAAAUAGCCACUGUACCUAUAGGUUCCGAAGGAUAAACUUUACAACAGCUACUUCCACCCAAUACUAACUGUUUGUUCAUGCUACUUGAAAUAAUUGAGAAGUAGUUUAUUUAUAUCUAAAACAAUUGAUUAACCUAUUAUAUAUAGUUCUGCGGAAGUUUAAGUGUAGCGUGAAACAAUACACUCUUGCUUCACAUA